GAAAAUAUGAGUGAUUGGCUUUUUUGUCGUAAUCACUGUUGCGAGCACUGACAUCUGGCCUAAUCUCCUGUAGUUGUUCUCUUAUUUGUGGUAUUGGCAAAAUUCUAAUCAGCUGAUUUAAUCGCAGUUUCUGCUAUUUGUACAGGGAGACUGCUUUAGAUAAGGCGGUAUUUUUCUAUUUUGACUGCUGCAUUCAAUGAUGAAAUACGAACGGUCUCAUAUGUCAUUUUAAUGAUUUAGUGCAGCUAUCUUUGCAACUACAAUCUUUCUGUACAUCUCUUUAUUUCUUGAGAGUUGACAAAGGCUUUUUUUACAGUCAUCUCACAGUAGUGCAGGUGUAGAAAAUUCUCAGAUCUUUGAGUCAAAGCAAAAGUUUGACUCAUAGUGCCAAUUCAGCUCUCAAGCAUAGGUUAGGUCUGUAUCUAAAGUUAUAGAUAAAGUUCAUCUAUUGAUUUUGUCAAUAUUCCUGGAUAUUAUUAGUUUCUUUGCAUGCUAUAUCAUAAGGUUAUCCUAUACUUUAUGGAGUAGAAUUACUUUAUUCGAAUGACUAUAGUAAUACAGUAACUAGAAUCACAUUGUUGAGUUAAAACAACAAUGUUAUAUAAAAUUUUGUUCUUUGUUCAUUGAUUUUUUUUUGUUGCCUGGCAGCAGUACUUGAUUGUUUCAAUAAAUAAAUGUCUGUCAAAACAAGUCCAACAAACCUGUAAGUUUUCACAAUCACCCAAACACACACACACACAAACUCUUACUCAAAAUUCAAAAUUUUAAACACUGGUUUUUGGCUUUCCGGUUAUCCACUCAAGCAAUCAAAUCUCAGGCAACAUGAAUUACAAAACUAAAGAUGGUUUUAAACACAAAUCAAAAAGGAAUGGAUUACGUUCGAUUCUCCCCAAAUGGUUUUCUAUCUCAUACUUGGUUAGGGUUGUAUCUCUCCACAGUGGGCCCCAUAAGCUUGCUCUUCAAAGAGACCUUGUAAUUUUAAUCGCUUUAACUUGCCUGUGGCUAUUUUUGCUCAUCUGUCAUUUGCGUAGAGAAAUGGAACUCUGCUUUACAACCUGGGAGGAGUCACCCAGAGGCUCACAGGCAACUUCUUCGUCCUCGUCAGCAUCAGGCCACUUAAGAAGCUGCAGUAGAAGAAACUCUGCUGCAGAGGAGCAGCCCUUGUCCGAGCAACAAACAUUAGGUUUAAGCAGAAGAGGGAUGCCUCGCACAAAGCGGAGGGCACCCUCCAGCACAAAUAACCACUCGUCGUCUGACAACCCACCUAGCAAUCCAGAGGAUAUGCCCAGGCAUCCAUCCAAACGCCUCAGACAAACGACCAGUUCGAGACGGCACACGAAAGCGGAGGAUGGAACGAACAGCACGUUCUCGCAGAAGCGCUGCAUCAGCUGGUUCCGCGAGUACACGACCGCUGACGACCCCGACACGCUCGGGCCCGAGGGCAUGGAGAAGUUCUGCGAGGAUAUCGGUGUCGAACCCGAGAACGUCGUGAUGCUCGUACUCGCCUACAAGAUGAAUGCCCGACAGAUGGGCUUCUUCACCAUGGCCGAAUGGUUGAAGGGUCUCUCCGAACUCCAUUGCGACACGAUCGCCAAAGUCCAACAAAAAUUAGACUACCUCAGGAAUCUCCUUAACGACCAGAACGUCUUCAAGGGCAUCUACAAAUACGCUUACGACUUCGCUAGGCAGGACAAGGAUCAGCGCAGCAUGGAUAUGGAAACGGCGCGAGUUAUGCUCCAGCUGCUGCUCGGUAGAAACUGGCCCCUUUUCUCACAAUUUGCCAAGUUCUUGGAUCAAUCAAAGUACAAAGUUAUUAACAAAGAUCAGUGGUGCAACAUUCUCGAGUUCUCGCGGACGAUUAGCGACGACCUCUCGAAUUACGAUUUGGAUGGAGCUUGGCCAGUGAUGCUUGACGAGUUCGUCGAGUGGCUGAAAGCACAACAGCAGGGAGAGUCGACAUCUCAGAUGGACACGAGAAACAGCUGAAACACUCAAUCAAAGUUAAACAACUCAUCUUAUAAAAAGCACCCACCUAACCGAAAGAAACAGUCCCCGAUUUCCCCUUUGAUAUUGAUUAUUUGUUGAGAGCUAAAUUAUUUUCCCUCGGUCGAAUUUAAUGAAAACAACGUCAGCAAAACGAAACCUACACAAUACUUGCAAAUGAUUUUUCUAUUAUUGCAGUUAUUUUGUUAUGAUAAAAGUAUCACGAUUUAACAAAUAAGUAGAUUGAUUUAGUCUUACAGUUAGUUAGCUCUUAAAAAUACUUAUGAUAUCGUGAACGACUGUGUCUAGAAUUGCGCUUUGUGAUAACAGGAGAUUUGGAGAUUGAAAAUUAAUCUGUAUGACGGAGAGGAUCUUAGGUUUUUUUGUAUACUUUUUUGCAAAAUUUUUGUAUCACGAAUGGCUUUUUCAAAAUUUGCGAUUCAACGUUAAGAAUCCAACAAAAUCGCUCAAAAGCUUUAUAAUGAAGUAACUUUCUUCAAAUAUAAAAAAAAAGUAAAAUGUGAUUAAAAAUGGAAAAAAGUUAUAUUUUCAAAAAUGUCGUUUUUGUGUAUAUUUAAAUUUUUUUCUGAUUAAAAAUAUCACUAGCGCAUAGAUAAGGAAUAGAUAGAUUAUAAAUGAUUCUGUCGUAUAUAUAUUUUCGCAAUUCGCGUAGCAAUUAUCAUCUUCGUUUUUUUUUCAACCAAUAAUUAUGAUAAUCGCAGAGAAACUCUUUACUCUUUUUCUUAAUCUCCGAUCAUGUCAAGGAUCUAAGUCUUUUUUUUAAGAGUGUGAAAAAUUGAGACUUCAAAAUUAAAGAAGACGAUCAAACGCGCGUGUGUCCAAUUUCGGCCAAUGAUCGUUAAAUCUUUUGAUAUUUUAAGGAAGAAAUGUCUGUCUAUAAGUACGAGAAAAACGACUCAAACAGGUCUUUUUUCUUCCGUCUUUUAAGGCGCCUAUUAGUUUUUAAGAUUAAUUAUUUUAUACAGCAUGCGGCAUAAUAUUCUUUGGGAUCGAAAAUUGUUGAAGAAUCAAAAUAUGAACAGGAUGAAAUAACAAGUCGAUCCUGGGAUAUGAAAUGCGAGCAUUUAUUGACGACAAGAGUAAAAAAAAUUACUUUCUUGAUAUUAUGAUGUUCAGCAGUCGAAGCGCAAUUCAGAAGUUUUUUACGUAUAUGUUUUUCCCCCAUUUAAAAAAAAAAAGUUUUCUUAAAAGGUGUUCUAAAGCGUAGGAAUUUAGAUCGGUUUGAUGAAUUCAAUUGAUAUUUCUUUUUGUGUAUAUUUGAGUAAAUUGUACAAUAUUUAAAUCAUAAUAAAAAUUUUCUUCUGCUUUUUCUACUAAGUGUUCCUGUUGAUUAUUUGUAACUGUAACAAUUACCUAAAAAUUGUCCACAUUCACUAGUUAAUAAAUAUUGCAACGUAAUAGGUUUUAGAACACUUGUAUAAUUUAUUGCAUUUUUUUUUAUUUAAGUCUAGCUAAAACGAUUUUAUUCUUGAGUGACAUAUUUUACACUUGUUUAUUGCGGUAUAUUAUUGAAGAAAAAGCUGGACACCAUAAAAUCUAGUUUAGUAUAGCAGAACUAUGAAGCGCUUUACGUAUUCUAAAUAUUUUUAACUAUUCAACUCUAACUAAAAUACAUAUUGAAAUGAAAAUUCGCAGAGUACACAGUAGAUAGAUUUUUAACACUGCCGCAUAUGGAUAAAAUUAUAUGCUUUUUUAUGACUUGAUUCGAUGAAUUAAAAAGGAACGCGCUUCAAAGUUCUGCAAGCUUACGUUUAAUCUCUAUGCGCAUGUACAUUUCAAUAAUCGUCUCACAUUGCAAUGUAUAUGAAAUAAUUAUGGAAUUAAGAUUAAACUUCCGAGAUUUUCAUUUGACGUUGAUUUUUUUUUAUAUAUAUCAAUAUAUGUAUACUGAAGAGAAGCAGCGAUCAACGAAGAUUUCGGAACUGCGGGUACGGAUCCUUUGAAUAAAAAAAAGAACCAUGAUGAAGUAAAUGUGGCCUCUCCAAAGCAUAAGAAUCAGAGGCGGCGGUUUUUUGCAUAAGUCAACUGUUGCAUGCAGCGGUAGUGUCAUUCGAUAUAAUAAAAUAAAAGAAUAACUUUACAAAACCAA